AUGUCAUCCCGUAAAUCUGCCCUCUUACUUGGAGCAACCGGCGCUGUGGGGAAGAAGCUCCUAGCAGAACUUCUUGCGCAUGACGAAUGGUGCAAAAUUGGGGAAUACGGGAGACGAGUGACGGCACUCGAGAACCUCCCUCCUGGUCAACGAGAGGGCAGACUGGAGCAGAAAGUGAUCGACUUCGAGAACAUCGAGACAGCUGGGUUAAAAAAUGGCCAGUGGGACGUCGUUUUUGUCACGCUCGGUACGACGCGUGCACAGGCAGGGAGCGCGGAAAUGUUUGAAAAAAUCGAUAGAGAAUACGUCGUCAACGCAUGUCGAGCUGCCAAGUCCGAUAAUCCUGCACUCCAACAAAGACUCGUGUAUCUUUCUUCUAGUGGAGCCAGUGCAACUUCCCCAUUCCUCUACCCCAAAUCCAAGGGUUUAACUGAGCUUGCGCUCGCUCGGCUUGGGUAUUCAGACACUAUAGUCUUUCGUCCGGGCUUGCUGAGAGGUGCAGAACGUCCUCAAAGGAGAAUUGGUGAGACACUCUUGGGUUACCUGACAGACGCACUCUCCCAUGUAAUUGCGGACCUCGAGAUCUGGAUCCCAGUGUUGGCUAGGUCCAUUGUAAACGCUGGACGACUCGGGUCUUCUGGCUUGCCUCCUGAGGUCGGUGCAAGCAAGGCAGGGGAAGAGGGUGCUAAGUUCACACUUCUGGGUAACAAAGGGGCCAACAUUUUGGGUCGAAUUUAA